AUGGCUUGUACAAAGCAGACUGCCUGCAAAUCAACCAGCAGUAAAGCACCCAGGAAGCAACUGGCUACAAAAGCCACUCGCAAGAGGGUGCCCUCUACUGGAGGGGUGAAGAAACCUCAUCGUUACAGGUCUGUUAUUGUGGCACUUGGUGAAAUUAGGCGUUAUCAGAAGUCCACUGAACUUCUGAUUAGCAAACUUUCCUUACAGCGUCUGGUGAGAGAAAUUGCUCAGGACUUCAAAACAGAUGUGUGCUUCCAGAGCACAGCAAUUAGUGCUUUGCAGGAGGCAAAUGAGGCCUACCUGGUUGGCCUUUCUGAAGAUAACAACCUGUGUGCUAUCCAUGCCAAACAUGUAACAAUUAUGCCAAAAGACAUCCAGCUGCACACUACAUAUAUGGAGAAAGUGCUUAAGAAUCCACUUUGA